GUAUCUUUAAGACCAAUGCCAGCUGUAACAGCCGCCCUGCACACAAACAUCAGAGUGAAAGUAAAAGCGAGGCUGUUUGUAAGAAGAAGGAAACCACAGAGACCCCCCUGCUCGCAAACUGCAGAAAUGAGUUCCACGGAAGAAAAACAACUGGAGUCCAGUUCAACUUUUGAAGAGCCUGCACUUUUGAACCAGAGUCAUGCUGAACGGAUGAGGGCAGCUCGACUGAGGAUGCAAGAACAGCACAACGCUCUGGCCAGACAACACACAGUAGAACAACCCAGGACAGGUGCAGUCAACCCUUCCAGCCCUUCAGUAGAUCCUCAUGUCAAACACAAUAUACCACCUAAAAGAGAGAAUGAUCCCGGUUUGAAUAGAGAUCAGAAUGAUGCCAGAAGAGCAGCUUGGCUGAGGAUGCAAGACCAAAUGAAUGCAGAUGCAGAACAAUACAAAGCCAAACUGCUGGAGGAAGAGAGGGAGAAGCAGGAGAAGGAAAAGCUGAUUGAAGAGGAAAAGAGAAAGCAGAAAAUCAAAAAGUGGGAAUCGAUGCAAGAAGGAACGAGCUAUCAGGGUCACACAAAAGUAACCCAGCCAGAAACAAGGGAGCCCACGACAGCUGUGAAGCGCAGACGAGACAAGAAGCCACUGCGGCAGAAUGACUACAACCCACUGACUGGAGAAGGUGGACGCAACUACUCGUACAGAUCUACACGCAGCAACCCGUCCAGAGGGGGGUGAGGUUAAGAGUCCUGUCAGCGUGGAUUAAUGAAGGCAUCGUCUCAUAUCUUUAAGCUUAUCAAACUUUGAAUUAUGUAUGACAGCUAUAACAGAUAUACUCAAGAAAGGACAACCAGCGAGGUUAAGAAGGAGAGGACCCACCCCUCCAAAUCAGCGUGCUUCACAACGAAUGAGAAACUAACAUGUUGAGGUUCUAAAGAUUUUCUUUAUGUGAAGAAUUGAGUGGUGCCCCCUAGUGUUUACAUUUUCACUUCUGUUUUGUGAUCUGUGUUAAUAAUGCUUGCUCAUAGGGGAGAGGUCCAGUGCACUGUAGAUUCAUUUAGAUUCCCCCAAACAAGUUUAUGAAAGGGCUUUGAAAAGGGAAAUUGAGGGAUCCGCUCCCAUAUUUAAUGUUUCACACAAUGUUAAAGCAACACUUUAUGCUAUGUUAAGUUUAGUAAGCUAAAUGAAUACAGUACUGAUUUCAACAUGCAGAAGACAGUAAUACACACGUGCGUCCUCAUUGAGCGGGAGCAUUACAAUGGAACGAUGCAACUGGAAAUGUCCUGUUGAGUAAUACACGAUGAACUGAGCUGAAACUAAGUAAUCCAUUCCUGCCUGAGCUGCAUUUUCAUUGCAUGCCAUUUUGGUAGAAUGUAUUUCAUGGCUACAGCCCGGAAGCUUUCAUUUGUGUAACCACUGCAAAAGAAAACGCUUUGAGCCUGAAGAGUUCAUGAAGUUUCAAUGCAACAGUGGAAGAAUGCUCAGCUUUGCUCAACAGACUCGUUUGGUUGUAGGGCAGAGUGUGCUUUAAAAUACACAGACAGAUGUGCAGUGUGGAAGUUGGGUAUCUUUAUAAACACACAGACAGAUGUGCAGUGUGGAAGUUGGGUAUCUUUAUAAACACACAGACAGAUGUGCAGUAUGGAGGUUGAGUAUCUUUAUAAACACACAGACAGAUGUGCAGUGUGGAGGUUGAGUCUUUAUAAACACACAGACAGAUGUGCAGUAUGGAGGUUGAGUCUUUAUAAACACACAGACAGAUGUGCAGUAUGGAGGUUGAGUAUCUUUAUAAACACACAGACAGAUGUGCAGUAUGGGAGUUGCAUAUCUUUAUAAACACACAGACAGAUGUGCAGUAUGGAGGUUGAGUAUCUUUAUAAACACACAGACAGAUGUGCAGUAUGGAGGUUGAGUAUCUUUAUAAACACACAGACAGAUGUGCAGUAUGGGAGUUGCGUAUCUUUCAGCUGGGUGUUGAAUUCACAGAUUGAAAGCUUUAAUGACAUCAUUCUUGUAAAGGGUAGCUCCCAUGAGAGUGGUUGAAACUAAAUGAAUUAGACGGUGCCUUGUUCAGACAAACACAAUAUUUUAUUCUUUGUAUUAUGUUUACUGGUUUUAAAUAUCAGGAAUAUGCCAGAUUUUAUACUGCAGACUAUAUCUGUCCAAAUUAUGAUUUGGAUGAUCAUUCAAUAAGCACAACUUCUAACAACACUUCUUUUACAUAAUAAUCUAUAAAUUACACCUACUUAAUAACUACUAAAGUACAGUAAUACAUAAAUAGGAAUCAAUGUUAUACAUAUUCAUUCAUGUAUUGUACAAAUCUAUGAAGUUAUAUUUAACAUUGUUCAAAAGAAAAUAAACCACUAAAGUCUGUAGUGGGAUACAAUAAUUAAAAAGUAUGUUGCUAAUUUUGUGUUACUGUAUUAGAGCUGGUUAGUAUAUGACUCCAUGUACACUGUUUCGGACAAUUCAGGCGUUUCAACUCACAUCGCAGUGAGUUGAAACGCCUGAACUGUCCCGCUGUCCUAGUGUAUAUGGAGUCAUACGGUAGCCCUAUACUUUAUUGUACACGUUAUUUACUGGACAAUAAACUGUAUGCAUCUAAACCAAUUGCACAUUUUUUUUAUUACUAACACAUUCAUUACAGGCAAACCCGCUUAAUAGUAUCAUUAUAUAGAUAGGAUUUUUUUU